GAGAUACGUUCAAAACAAAAAAAUUUUGAACACGGGCGGUCAUGCGCGCGCAAAUUGAACGAAACUUGAACUCAACUCGUGAACUUAAACAUUAAACACUUAAGCACCGCCGACAAGGAAACAACGUAGUGUCCCACAAAAAUAUCGAAUAUUGUUCCAAAAAUAUAUAAAAUCAACAUCUACGGUCGGCUGUAAAUAAAAUAAAUAAAUAAAUAAUAUUAUUCUCUGGCUUGCAGCAAGUCGGGGAUAUUUUGGGCUUUUGCGGGCCCAAGUAACUGAAAUAACUGAAUUUUGAAUCGUCGAGCAAGGACGUCCUCAGCCUGGUGCGCGCAAGAAAAAUUCGUCGCGGAAAGCCAGCGCGGGUAGAGUCGGUGAUUUCAUGGGCAACGUUAGAUUCGAGUUCUUCGGAGAAUUAUAUGAGCUGAAAUGCAGUGACACAUAAUUAUAAUAUUAUUAUUAAACCAGUGCAGCGAAAAUUCAGUUCUUGCCAGUGCCACAAGUGCCAUACGUAAAUUAAAUAAAACAUAAACAGAACCAAGAGAACUUUGUAGCGGCAUUUAAUAAAUUGAACAGUUCAUCAAAGCGAAAAGUGUCAGAGAGCAGAGACGAGAGACCCACCGAAAUGGCCGGCAUCCGGAGAAAUGUCUUCGUUAUUGGAUUACUUUACCUCCUAAGCGGCGCCCAGGCCCACCUAAACAUCUUCCUGAAUCUGCACGAGGUGUUGCGGCUAAUCGGCGUCUCCGCGGAGCUGUACUAUGUGCGGGAGGGAGCCAUCAACGACUACGCCCUGAACUUCGCCGUUCCCGUGCCGGCCAACAUCAGCGACGUGACCUUCACGUGGCAGUCGCUGGUGGAGCACCCGCUGCCGUACAGCAUCAACGUGGCCACCUCGGAUACGGACGUGCUGCCCCGCCCGCUGCUGAACAUCUCCCGGAUCGGGGACGUGCCGCAGGAGCCGCAGACCUGGGGCAUCGCCCUCAAGUGCUCGGGCACGCGCAACGCCGAGGUCACCGUCACCAUCAACGUGGAGGUGAUCCUUGACCGGGCCACCAACAACAACACGAACCUGAUCUUCAAGCGCAAGAAGAUCUGCCUGAAGGAGGAGCAGGACAGCGCCCACGAAGAGUACGACGACGACGACGUGCUGCAGCCGGCCUUGGGCGGCCACGAGGACGUUCACUAUGUCGACCACAACGAGGAGCACGUCGUGGCCAACGGGCACUUGGCCCCUAGUGCCAAGGAUCACGACAAGGAGAAGCACCGGAAUGCGGUGACCGAGCCACCACCAAAUGUGGGUCGGGGCAAUGGCAAUGGCAAUGGGAAUGGAAAUGGGAAUGCGGGCGGCUCCAAACGGGACUUCGAUCCGAUGCUGAGGGAGAACCUGGUGCCGCCGGCCAGCGGCCUGGUGACCCUGAUUGUGGGCGGCAUCCUGGCCCUGGUGCUCGUGUCCACCCUCAUUCUGAUCGCUUACUGUGCCAAGGGUCCCUCCAAGCGCCAUCCCUCGAACGGGGUGCACUUGAUCAAGACCUCCAGCUUCCAGCGACUGCCCACGAUCUCGUCGACCGCCCACAACUCGAUCUAUGUCUGCCCCUCGACCAUAACACCCACCUACGCGACUCUGACGCGGCCCUUUCGCGAAUAUGAGCAUGAGCCUGAGGAGUUCAACCGCCGUCUCCAGGAGCUGACAGUCCAGAAGUGCCGCGUGCGUCUCUCCUGUCUCGUGCAGGAGGGAAACUUUGGGCGCAUCUAUCGCGGCACUUACAAUGACUGUCAGGAGGUUCUGGUUAAGACUGUGGCGCAACACGCCAGCCAGCUGCAAGUGAACCUCCUGCUCCAGGAGUCCAUGAUGCUCUACGAGGCCAUCCACCCGAACGUUCUCUCCGUGCUGGGCAUCUCCAUCGAGGACUACGCCACCCCGUUCGUCCUGUAUGCUGCCACGGGCAGUGUCCGCAACCUGAAGACCUUCCUGCAGGACCCCUCGUACGCUCGCAGUGUGACCACCAUUCAGACGGUGCUGAUGGCCUCCCAGCUGGCCAUGGCCAUGGAGCACCUGCACAACCACGGCGUCAUCCACAAGGACAUUGCGGCCAGGAACUGUGUGAUCGAUGAUCAGCUGCGCGUCAAGCUGACGGACAGUGCCCUCAGUCGGGACCUGUUUGCCGGGGACUACAACUGCCUGGGCGAUGGCGAGUAUCGACCCAUCAAGUGGCUCUCCCUGGAGGCCCUUCAGAAGUCCCACUACAACGAGGGCAGCGACGUCUGGUCCUUCGGCGUCCUCAUGUGGGAGAUGUGCACGCUGGGCAAGCUGCCCUACGCCGAGAUCGAUCCCUAUGAGAUGGAGCACUAUCUCAAGGACGGCUAUCGACUGGCCCAGCCCUUCAACUGCCCUGACGAGCUCUUCACGAUCAUGGCCUAUUGCUGGGCCUCGAUGCCGGCCGAGCGACCCUCGUUCAGCCAGCUGCAGAUCUGCCUCUCGGAGUUCCACACCCAGAUUACCAGAUAUGUUUAACCAGCGGUGCUGAAGCAUGCCAAGACCUGUAAAUACAACAAGAGGCGACGUCGCAAGAUAUUCCAGCAGACCACGUCGUCCACUCUGUUCCCAAAGACAUAUUUAAAAGGUAGCGCCUAGAGCGGGGCUCGCACCUACUUGCAGCUAGACCGCAGAUCCCCGCACGUACCACAUAUAUGGUACGAUUAUGAAGAUAGUUACGUAUUUAUGCAGAAGCAGUGGGAGUGGGUGUGUUGGGCAACCGGAGCGAAGCGAGGAAGAAGAUCUCAGAAAGAGGAACCACCAGAGGCCAACAACCCGACGAUGCUCUCCCCAUAUAUGCAACUCUUUUAAUUGUAGGCUAGCGUGUAAGGACAAGUGACAUUUCAAUGCAUUUCAAACGAUUAGAAGAUACAGAACAUACGAGUACACGCCCUAACACCCUUAAGCCCUGGCAUCCCCCCCUGUUGUAGACCCUCUAAUACUCUGUAAGAAGAGCUAGUAAGGCCCAGUAAAGGCCAGGUAAAAGUUUCAAUGAAUUUCAACAUAAACUAAAGCAAAUAAAACAAAUAAACAUACGGAUAGUAAUGCAUGCAUAGCCCCAGUACUAGGAUAGGAACCGAUCCGCACUGUCAGAUUGUCUGUCGCGCGUUUUGGUCGAGUAGCUUCGAGCAGAGAGAGCUUGAAGGAGCAGUCAUUAUAAAUACGGACACUAGUGCACUAGCGGGAUACCAAUACAAUACCGGAACGUAUAUCUACCAUAUGUAAGUGUAUUCACGUGUACGUACAUGUCUAAGAACCGUAGUGCUAGUACGUAUAAGCCCGUAAAUAUUUGUCUAAUGUUAGUGCACAUGCGAUAACUCCCCCACAGAUCCCUCCCUUUCUCAGUUGGAGAGAGUUUUCCAACCACCUUCCCCACCUUCCCCACCCCACACUCCCUCCCACACCCCUUACAGACUUAAGUUGUACCUUUUUUGUGUAAUAUACUUAAGCAGAUGGCAUUAGGUGCUAAGUUAUUGCUAUGAUUUGCAUUGCAAGACACAAGAGAAAUACCAUUUCAAUAAACGUCCGUGCAUAAUAUUUAAAACACAA